AACUAAAGGAAACCGGUUUCAGUUGACAGGAAACGACUUGUUUUCAAACGGCUCUGUGUUGUCCCACGGUUCAUUGAACUCUACAAUACACAGUGCCACACUCUGCUGGUGCUCUAAGUAAGCUCAGUUUCCAUUUUCCGCCAAGAGAUGGCGUCUGACUCGGACUCCGAAGAUGACCUGGAGGCGCUGCGCCUGGCGGCUCUACGCUCCAAGAAGUCUACGUCCCGCGCGGCUCCUGCGGCCGCGGCUGUCGUCCAGCCUCCGGCGGCUCCUGCGGCGCCUGUUGGUCUACCUAUGGGGGUGGAUCUCUCUCGUCCACCUCCCCUGCCGCUGCCUCCGGCAGUGCCUGUGAUGGUGCAGCCGCACCAGUGGCCCGCGCAUCACCCUCCACAUCACCCUCCGCAACACAUCCCACAUCCUCACCCACACGGCCUACCACAGGCUCUUCCCCAAGGUCUACCACAGGCUCUUCCCCAGCCGGGCGGGUUUCCCCCGUACCUUCCCCCGGGUCUGGCGCCGAUCCGUCCCUCCCUCCCGCCUGGGUCUCGACUGGGACAGAGGCAGGGGGAUAGGUGGAGGAGGGGGCGGCACGGAGCGAGAGCAGGCAGAGGAGCGCAGCACCCCAGGAUAGAGAGGCUGCCGGCGCCUCCGGUACGUCGUCCGGCCGGCUCGACAUCCACGCUGAUCUCCAUCGUACCAUUGGGUGGAGAGGAUGGCACAGAGGACCCCGGGGACCGACCCGCACACAGGGGGCGGCGACGGCGGCGAUCAGACGGCUUCUUUCCCUGGCGAACCUCAGCCUUUCGUCUCCUGAAUCCCAGAUAUUUCAUCCGUUACCAGGCUCGCCAUAGACCAAAUCAAGUACCUGAGAAGAGUGCAAACAAGAAAGAGAGCGCUAAGUUCGCCCGUAUCGACAACUCCAACUCCGAAGAGGAAGAGGAGGAGGAAGAGAUGACCAAUGAUGACGUCAGGGUGACGUCACAAGAGGUCGACUCAGCCGGCGAUCAGGGGACGAAUGAUGACGUCACUACAACUGCUGAUGACGUCACCACGGCUGAAACCGAUCUGAAUGAACCAACCGUGAGAAGAAAAUCAUCCGGCUCCUCCACUCAUGCCGACGCUGGCGCCGAAGCUGCUGUUGACACCGCCGGCAAUGUUGAUGACUAUGCUGACAAAGAUGCCGAAGAUCUUUCCGCUACCCCUACCCGAGACGAGACAUCCCCCGCUGAUGUCGCUUCAUCCGCCUCCACUCCUACACGUGACGAAUCAGCAGCGCGACCCUCCGCGUCCGGGGAAUCCCCGUGUGACGACUCGGCUGACCAAUCAGGAGACGAAUCGGACGCUGACGUCAUUGAUAUGGGUCUGGGCGAGGACGAUUUUGAUAAGAUGCUGGCAGAGUUUGAGGACUUCGUGGAGAAUCCCGCGGAUAAGGCAGAGGGGAAGAGGAAGAAGAGAAAAGAGCGGAGGAAGUCGCGAUCGGAGGCGCCUGGUGGGGCUAAAGGGGAUGGGGUGGGUGGGAGUUCUACACAACUGAGAGGGAACGAGGAUAGGAGCAAUGGGAGGACCGGCGCAACAGAGGCUGGGCGGAAGUCGCCUACUUCCGGUUUACAGAGAGACCGGAAGUCAUCGGGUUCCGGUUCACAGAGAGAACGAAAGGCUUCCGGCUCCCAAAGAGACCGGAAAUCACCUGUGUCUGGUUCUCAGAGGGAACGAAAGGCCUCUGGUUCUCAGAGGGACCGGAAGUCACCUAUUUCCGGCUCCCAGAGGGACCGGAAGUCACCCAUUUCCGGUUCCCAGAGAGACCGGAAGUCACCUAUUUCCGGUCGUCAUCCCUCUCCCAUGCCGUCUCGCCGUCGCGCCAUUUCUCCACCUCCCGCCAAGAGACCCGCCAGUCCGCCUCUUAGCCGCAGCGCAGGGUCACCGAAACGACCGGCCCUCAGCUCCCCGGCUCGCCGCAGCCCGCUCAGAGGCUACGGAGGCUCGCCCGCGCGGAGAAGCCCGGCUAGAGGCUAUGGAUCACCGGCACGCAGGAGUCCGCCAAGAGGCUACGGGAAUUCGCCGGCAAGGAGGAGCCCGGUUCGAGGUUACGGGAGCUCACCGGUUCGUCGGAGUCCGGGCAGAGGCUAUGGAUCGCCUCUGAGGAGGUCACCAUCGCCUGUGAAAACUGCUCUCCGGGACAGAUCACCAGCGCCGCCGCCGCGGCCGCUGCCCCUCACCCAGGAGGAGUUUAUCAGGAGGAUGAGACUGGGCCUGCCCCUGAGGGACGGCUCCCCGUCACCGCCGCCGACUGCCGGGAGGCGGGGCUCCAGGUCCAGGUCUCGCUCUCCACUCCGCCGCCGGCGCAGUCUGUCACCCCCUCCUCAGGGCGGACGGAGAAUUCGUACACCGAGUCUCAGUCCGGAGAGGCGGAGGCCUGGCGCGGCGGCGCCGCUUAGACAGCCCAUACAGCAGAGAGGAGGCUUCAGACGGGGUGCCGGCGCCGCCGCUCGUCCCGCUCGCCGCAGCGUCUCGCCCCCCGGCGCCACCGUCGGCCGUCGAGCCGCCCGCGGCGGUCUGUCCCGACGGCAAUGGGAGGAGCUCCAGAUGGAGCAGUGGAGAGCCAGAAGACGUCAGGAGGCAGGAGACACAGGAGCAGGAGGCGAGGAUAUGCGGCAGACCCUGGAGGAGGCCAGGAGGCUGGAUCAGGAGCGCCGGAUGCUUGAUCAGGAGAGGAGGAGAUUGGAGGGGGAGCAGGGUCAACAAAGGAUGCAGGACGGUGGCAGGAGGUGGAAUGAGGAUAGCAGGAGGAAUGAAGAUACGAGAAGAGGUGAAGAUUCACGUAGAAAUGACAAUACAAGAAGGAGUGAAGAUACACGGAGGAAUGACGAUACAAGAAGGAAUGAAGAUGCACGGAGGAAUGAGGAUACGAGGAGGACUGAGGACAACACUAGGAGGAAUGAGGACACGCGCCGGUUUAACGACAGGAGGGUGGACGACGCGAGGAAAAGGUUAGAUGAGCGGAGGAAGCCCGAUGAGGACAGGAGGAGGACUGAUGAGGACAGGAGGAGGACUGAUGAGGACAGGAGACCAUUGGAGGACGCUAGGAGGAGGCUGGAGGACAGGAGGAAUGACGACAGAAGAGGAGGCGAUAAGAGGACGGAAGAUAGGAGAGUUGAUGAGGAUAGGAACCGUAGGGAGGAUGAUAGGAGGCGGUCGGAGGAGAGAAGAAAACAGGAGGAAGAGAGGAGGAAAAAGGAAGAGGAGGAUAAGAGGAAGGAGGAUGAAAAGAGAAGGAAAGAGGAGGAGAAGAGGAAGAAGGAGGAAGAGGAGGAGGCCCGGAGACAGGCAGAGUUCGAAGAGCGACUCAAAGGGUUAUCCAGCGAGGACCGUGAGCGCGUGAUGAGACGGCGACAGAAGUUUGAACGCAACAACCCGGUAGUGGUCAAACCGCAGAAGAUUCGACUCCGAGACAACGCCGCCGCGCCUGCCCCCGCGGCAGCGGCAGCUCCGGACCCUACAGCGGCGGCUGACGAAACGACAACGACGGCGACAGUUGGGAGGGCGGGAAAGAGGAAGAGAAAGAAGGAAGCCAUGCUCAACGCAAAGCGUCAGCUGAGUCGCCGAGAGUCGGCCGGCGACGCACUGGAUCUGGGGCUGGAUGACGACUUGCUGGAGAUGGAGAGGGAGCUGGAUGAUCUGGACUCGCCCCCCACCGCCGGCCCGGCCUUUAGUGGAGCGGCCAGCACAGCCGGGACCAAAGCCGAUGCUGGCGGUAGUUCGUCUGACCGCCGGCCGGCCGGCCGACCCCGGGAGAGAGCACGGAGCAGGGAGAGAGGGAGGAGGAGAGCAGAGGGAGGAGGAGACGGCGGCAGGCGGGUGGUGGUCGUCGGCAGAGUAACGGAGACCGGCCAGCAGGAGAAGAGCAAGGAGUCCAGCGAAACGACCGAUGUCUCUGCCGUCCGUCCGACGUCGUCCGUCUUCUCGCGUCUGGGCGCCGGAAAAUCUCAGAACAAACCUUCAACAUCCGACUCCGGCGGCGGGCGACGCAAGCUCAAGUUGAAACGGGGCACAAGAGAUGGCGCCACCGACACCGGAGGUGAGCCACAACGCACGCCUCUGUUUUCAGAGUGUGGAGACUCGACGGAAGGCGUCGCUACCGUCGGAGCUACGACUAUGAAGGCACGGCUUGGGAAGAAACGGGGGAGAACUUUGAAUGUGAUGGGUAUUCUGUGAUGUUUGUAAAAUGCCUGUGAUUGUUUUUUUUUUUAAGUGUGUGAAGAGCUGCAAAUAUUUAUUAAGCAGCUCUGGUCUCUCAGAGCAGUAGAGGUGGAUAAGGUAGAUUUUUUACCAUUUUACUCCCUUGCCAUUCUAUAUAAGACAUGGAAUUAUGUCAUUCUAAGAUUCCAUAUCGCGAUGGCGAAGGUUACGCCAUUUUUAGCAGCCGUUUUGCUUGAUAUCGUAGUUCCCAAAUAAUGAGCAUUCAUCCAGCGUUAUAAAUGGAUGCGUUUGAUCUCUUAUUCAUUCGGAUCUGGUUAUAAGAUCUGCUUUAUCAGGCAUAUUCCUUGCUUUUGGGGCUUAUGUUACUGUUCUGUUUCUUGUUUUAUCUCUUAUAACUGCAUAAUCUGGUCAUUUUACCAGUGUACAAAGUGAUGCUAUAUCGUGUUAUCGUAUCUUAUCGUAUAAUCGCGUGUCGUAUUUCGUACAUCGUACUCUUCCGCUUUGGGAGGCCUACCGCUUAUACCAUAAACAGAGUUCAAAAAGCUGGUCAAAAGCUAUGCAGUUAACACCUAAAAAAUACUAACAGUGCAUUGUUAUCCAGUAUCAAAUAUCAAAAUAACCUAAGCGCUGUACAGAACACGUAUAAUGUUUAAAAAAUUGUGGUGUGUUUUAUACGUUCCUUUAUGCCACAUGCUAUGGAAACGUCUGGAUGUCGGGCUUUACAAGUUAUGUGCCAUCGGCGCCAUAUUCGUCUAGUCUUGAGCUAAGUUCCGCCUGUGGCUGUCGAUUAUGAAGCUGCCGCUGAUCUCUUAUCAGCUAAUCAGCGUGCCAUGUCAAGGAUCUCUUGCUCUAGACAGCAUUUCAGAUCUUGUUCCACGUUUAUGAAAUAGGCGGUUUUAUGUUCGAUUUGUCGAAACACAUCAAAUGUGUCUGAAAGACAUCGCAUGUUUUGAUGGAACUGACCAUAAUAUAACGUUAUCACCAUAAUAUAACAAUAGUGUUGUUGUCUUUUGUUGCUGUUGUUUUUUGCAUGAUUGUAGAAUGUAUUGUCUAUCUGAACUUAUUGAUGUGUAUCUGAUUUUCGUGCAAUUUUUUAUUCAAUGUGUGCCAUAAAAUGACUGAUUUCCCAUCAGCAAUCUAUCAUCGAAAGCACUAUAAUCAUAGAUAUGUUGUUAUCAGUAUCAUGGAAGGAAUAUGUGUAUCGUACACACUGACUACCGUCCAUAUCUUGCAUAUAGUUGUAUCUCUGAAAUCUGAAUCCGCGCCCACUCCACAUACUGAAUAUGUGCCUUUCAAUGUGAUUCCAAUGUCACAUGUGAUACACUGUUAUGUUAUUGAUAAUGAGCGUGUUCGAGGCUGUGAUGGUCGUUGCGCUGUUCGUAUAUGCGCGUUGUGUCGUAGAUCGAAGCCAUUCUACCUCUGUGCCGUUUGGCAUGCUCCGCCCGCCUCUGAAACUGUACUGUGUUUUUCUGUCUAUUGUAUCCUUUACUGUGUAUCGCUGGCCUGCUUACUAUAGUCUGGCAAACAUAAGACAGGACGGAUUUAAAGUGCAACGGUUACUGAUGCACGUGUCUCUAUAUCACUUCCUAUACGCCCGAGAGGAUUAUCCUCAAUAUUGUAGUUUCAAAUCUCAAAUAUUCUUUAGUCUAAAUAUCAAAUCUACUCUCAAGCAUAUGUGCGUUCUCCAAAGAUCCAUGCACGUAUGAAGUGUUUUAAGGCGCUUCAGUUCUGUUCUUUCUGGCGUUUGCCGGGCUAUAGUCCCUCUAGCACUCAAAUCCCGCAUGCAUCCUGAUGGCCGUUACUUUGCUGUUAUAAUAUGUAUACUUCCCGUGUAGGGUAUUUACCACAGGAAAGAGUCGAUGGCAGUCGGACGAUCACGCCCGACCGGCCAUUGGAUAUUUCAUCGGUUGUCAUGGUGACGGAGCCGACUCGGAAAUCCCGGCACGGUAACUCUGCACUACGCCGUAGUGCAUUCCGACAAAUGCACUACGAUGGUAACCUCAAUGUAGUGGAUUUUGUGGUAAUGCACUACGAUAUGAAGUGCUGUGCGAUUAGUGAUAUGUUUUCCUUCAUGAAACUGCUCGUCGUUUUACAGCUUCUGAUGACUUAUCGAACCCUCAGGGAUUCAAUAUUUUCUGCCAGCAAAGAAUCCACAUAAGGUCUUUGUAUUACUUUGUUCAAAUUCCCUCCCUAGUAUUCUGUCUUUCACAGGUCGACUAUGUGUCCAUUGGAGGCGGCUGAUGUAGCUAGCUCUGUCAGAUGUAUUUGCCUUUUCUCUACAGGUGUGAUUGUUUGAAGGCUGACCUCGCCAAUAUUUGGCAUGCAUUUUUACACGACAUUUUACAGACGGUGCAUUUGGAUUUUGGAAGCAGUCUCGAUUCCCCUACCCGGAGUUCGUUCUGUAAUCUGUAUCGACCCCAUUUGACCGUGCCAUGUUUGUCUUUGUCGCGUUAGGCCGCGCCGUCACUGCCGCCACUGCGCCAGAUCCGCUCGAAAGCCACCUGCGCAAAAUUCGCGCCAGAAACGCCGCCAUUGUGCGCCGCACACAAGAGGUGGCCAAAGAUAAGCACCUCUAUGGCUGAACGCCCGCCCGCCUCCGCCGAGCCGGCGAGUCGCCUGCCAUCUGCCGGCCGACGGCACAAGCUGAGGUUACUCAGCCGUCCGCUGGAGCGCUGAUGUGCACACACCGACCUGCUGUACAAUGAGAGGUGGGGUUGGUCGCAGAAUAUUGUACACGUGUGUAUUUUGGCGAUUUUCGGUUUGUCAUGUGAAUGUUGAGCGUGUUCUUGGCGGUCAUAAGUGGUUCCUGAUGAAUGUUUAACGAUUAUUUAGGCGAUUUUCUUGUCAAUUUGCAACUGUUUGGCUGAUAUUUGGCGGAAUUUUGGCGGUGUGAGCGGAUUUGUUCGUUUUUUGGCGCGGUGUUGGGCGAAGUGGCAAAUGUUUGGCGAUAUUGUUGGUGUAGGUAUCUUGCGGUUUCGUUUGGGGGGGGGAAGGGGGUCGUGCCUGAUAAACGAUUGCUGGAAAAUAAGCCGGUUUUCAUGAAAACGUUACCGGUUUUCUUAUAUAGACAUCACUGGUUUGUCUUUUUUCAUUCACGCGUCUUUCAGAUGUGUCGAUGGAACUGGUUUCUAUUCAGUCAUUAAUGUACUACAAUUUGACAAAUUGUCAAACACUUGGCAGAUUUGUGUGAAUUGUAUCGAUAUCCGAAGCAGUGUUUUGUUUUCUUUAAAAAAGGUGAUUUGGACGUGUUGUGUUCUUUGCCUAUCUGAUCCCAGAUAUUGGCCUUUCUCAUAGUGUGAAUGGAUGAUCGACCUGUCUGAAAACAUUGCGAAUAUAUAUUCGAUAUUGUGAAUAUAUGUACAAACAAGCCAAA